CGGGACUUUCUCAGGAAACCGUCGCUCGGUUUCUGGUCGGCUGGACGCAAAGCGGUCGGGGGCGCCUUUGGGUGACGUGGCGGGCGAGGCGGCCGCAGACCCGGGCUCGGGCAACCAUGACAGUUUCCUCUCUCGUCCAGCUUCGUUUGGUUUGGUGCUGUUGGACCCUACCAAGAUGGCAGAUGAACGGCCAUAAGAAACCCUUGGCAGUGUGGACCAGUGCUACUGCUCAGUGGACACGUAAGCAGAAGAAACUAGCAGAGCUAUACAGGAUACCAAUGUCCAGGCCAUCCAUCUUAUCAGGCACCAGUCUGCUGGGCAAGCGAGCUCUCUCUACAACUUCCAGCAGCCCCAAGGAAGUGAUGCUGACUAGUGAGCAGUAUGGUGUGAAGAGGCUGCCUUUCUCUCAUGUUUCUGAUAGUGAUAUAGCCUUUUUUGAGCACCUUAUACCUGGCAGAGUCAUCACAGACCCAGAUGAAUUGAGACUGUUCAAUGUGGACUGGCUGCAGUCAGUCCGAGGCUGCAGUAAGAUGUUACUGAGGCCACGGACAGCAGCAGAGAUAUCUGAGAUUCUCAGGUAUUGUAACAAAAGGAAGUUGGCAGUAAACCCCCAGGGAGGUAACACUGGCCUUGUAGGGGGAAGCGUUCCUGUCUUUGAUGAGAUUAUCAUCUCCACAGCUCUGAUGAACCAGGUCAUCAGCUUCAACAGUGUGUCUGGAAUCCUUGUUUGCCAGGCUGGCUGUAUUUUAGAGAACCUGAACCAGUAUCUUGAGGAGCUGGACUUCAUCAUGCCACUUGACCUUGGAGCCAAGGGCAGCUGCCACAUUGGUGGUAAUGUGGCAACAAAUGCAGGAGGCCUGAGGCUGUUGAGGUACGGCUCUCUCCGAGGGACAGUUCUGGGACUGGAAGUGGUCCUGGCUGAUGGCUCCAUUCUGAACUGCUUGGCUUCUCUGCGGAAGGAUAAUACUGGCUAUGAUCUGAAGCAGCUUUUCAUUGGGUCAGAGGGGACUUUGGGGAUCAUUACUGCUGUCUCUAUCCUCUGUCCACGGAAACCCAAGUCUGUGAAUCUGGUCUUCUUAGGUUGUCAGAGUUUCUCUCAGGUUCUUGGAACUUUCACUACCUGCAAAGGCAUGCUGGGAGAGAUCCUGUCUGCAUACGAAUUCAUGGAUGACAAGUGCAUGAAAUUGGUUGAGAACCACCUCAAACUGUCCAACCCAGUGACAGGAAACCCCUUUUAUAUUUUAAUUGAAACGUCAGGCUCCAAUUCUGUACAUGAUGAAGAAAAGCUGAACAACUUCUUGGAACAUGUCAUGGCCUCUGGUUUGGUGACUGAUGGGACUGUGGCCACAGAGGAUAAGAAAAUAAAGAUGUUGUGGUCUCUGAGGGAGCGGAUCACGGAGGCCCUAACUCAUGAUGGCUGUGUUUACAAAUAUGACCUCUCACUCCCUGUGGAGAGACUAUAUGACCUUGUGAUUGAUACCAGGGCUCGACUGGGCAAGACUGCCAAGAAUGUGGUUGGCUAUGGCCAUCUAGGAGAUGGAAACCUGAACUUGAACAUCACAGCUGAGUCCUACAGCCGUUCCCUGCUGGAUGCCAUUGAGCCAUUUGUGUAUGAGUGGACUGCACAGUAUAAUGGCAGUAUCAGUGCAGAGCAUGGAUUGGGCUUCAAGAAGAAGCAUUACAUUCAAUACAGUAAGCCACAGGAGGCAGUCCUUCUGAUGCAGCAGGUCAAGGCCAUGUUGGACCCCAAAGGGAUUCUGAACCCUUACAAGACACUGCCAGCUAGUUCCUGAGAGCUUCGUGCUGCUGAGAAAUAGGUGUAUAUCCUGUUGUAUCGACUGUAUCUCUAGCUCAUAACUGCACUUUAGACUCUGACAGACUGAACAAUGCUCAAAGCUGCCUUGCUCACUUUAUAAUUGUACUGAAAUGGUAAAGGACUCCCAGUAUUAUCCAUCAUUGGACGAGCUCUGACCGUCCAGAAAGCAGAGAUCAGUAGCGGCCAAAGCCACACAGGCUUCCUCAUGGCUCUGAAAGUUCAAACUAAGUAUACAUAUAUAAGGGGCCUACCUGCCAGUCCCUCCCAUGCUG